AUGGUUUUUCCUCAGAUCACCAUCGUAAGCGGAGGGUUCAAAGGAGAUCGACGAGCAUGGACACACCUCCAAGGACUGAGGUUCGCCGACCCUGACUUUAAGGACCCGGACCCGUUGGACAUUCUGCUGGGCGCGGAUGUCUACGCCGAAAUCCUCCCGCCAGGCCUUCGUAAAGGAGCUCCCCAUGAACCUAUAGCUCAACGGACGUCAUUAGGUUGGGUUCUGUCUGGACCCGCGGGAACAACUGGCGAAACGAUGCAGCGCAACGCUCAGUCGUACCAUUGCCAAACGGACGAAGAUUUGUCUUUUCUCGUAAGUAAAUUCUGGCAGCAAGAAGAACUGCCCGUCUCUGGCUCGCAACUUACUCCAGAGGAUCAAGAGGGUGAGAAUUUCUACAACGAAACACACGCUCGCACUGCUGAGGGACGGUACGUCGUUCGGUUGCCGGUCGUCGCGCCGCUGCCGGACUUCUCUUCAACGCGUUUUUCCGCUCAGCGAGUACUCUCCGGCAUGGAGAAAAGAUUUGACAGGGAUCAUCGCCUGCAUCAACUCUACGAAGACUUCAUGCAACAGUAUGAAGCCUUGGGCCACAUGGGCCCGGUGAGUCAAUCAGAACCAACCGGAGAGCGCGUGAGCUACCUGUUCCACCACGGAGUCAUGCGGGAGUCGAGUACCUCAACAAAGCUACGCGUCGUCUUCAACGGCUCGACGAUCACAGCUUCAGGCAAUUCGCUCAACCGACGCCUCCUGGUCGGCCCUAAUUUGCUGCCCCCUCUCUGCAAUGUGCUUCUUCGAUGGCGUCGACAUCGGUACGUGAUGGCCACAGACGUCGAAAAAAUGUACCGUCAGAUUUUGGUCCAUCCUGACGACCGUGACUUGCAAAGGAUCAUAUGGCGCUGCGACAGGCAGGCCGAUUUCCAGGAAUACCGUCUAAAUACGGUUACUUAA